GGCAAAAGUUGAGUCAACCCGAAACCAAAACCCAAAAACAAAUUUGCAGGCCAAGAUCUCAGCGUAAUCACAACAUGCGUGACAUCUUUUUAUGAUCGCGUGGUGAAUAAUUUCUAUUUUCUGGGUGGAAAAGUUUAUUAAAUCAGCAAAAUGAGAGUCCGCUGUUCCGAGCUCCGAACCAAGGAUAAAAAGGAUCUAACCAAACAGCUCGAUGAGCUGAAGACAGAAUUGGCCAACUUGAGAGUGGCCAAAGUGACCGGUGGUGCAGCUUCCAAGUUGUCCAAAAUUCGUGUUGUACGCAAAGCCAUCGCCAGAGUCUACAUUGUUAUGCACCAGAAACAAAAAGAAAAUCUGCGUAAAUUAUUCAAAAACAAGAAAUACAAGCCUUUAGACUUGAGACCCAAGAAAACGAGAGCCUUACGCCGUGCAUUGACCAAGAAAGAACGUAAUAUCAAGACAAUGAAGCAGAUUAGGAAAAACCAAGCUUUUCCACCUAGGUUAUUCGCUGUUAAGGCUUAAGAUUUUUUUGUAAGUCUUCGUUUAUUGUAUUUAAAUAAAAUAUUUUCAUUAAUUCUGA